GAACGAACGCGGGAGCCGGGUGCGCGGGCACGCGCCCGCCGCAGACUGGUAGAGCGAGCGGGAGAGGCCCGGGGCACGUGCAGACGGGAGCCCCGCGAGUGGCGCGCCGGGGAUGUGAGUGCCCCCUGCCCUCUCCUGCACCCAGCCCCUCCCCGCCCACUGCCUCUGCUUUUGCAUAUUUACAGUAAUCUGACCAGACCCCGCCCAUCCUCCCGUCCUCAGCUAGCGAAAGAGGCCGCACUGGGCCUGGUUUGCGGCCGACCUUCUGGGGAAGCCUGCCGCGCCCCCUCGGCUCGCGCGCCCCUGGCGGUAGCGAAAGAGGCCCGGCGAGGCCGUCGCGCUCCCGCUUCCUGUUCGGCUGGUUCCAGCCAGCUCGAGGACAAAAUACGCGUGCGCGCGGCGGGCGGGCGGACGCGCUCGCCGCCUCAGCCGCCAGCGCCGGGCGCAGUCCGCUUUUUUUCCGGAGCAGUCCGGCCACGGUGCUAGUCGAUAACAGCAGCCGCCGCAGCAGCUCCGCACUGGGGGACCGAGGGCGGAAAAAGGCGGGGUUGACGGCUCUUUGCUAGGAGUGGGCUGGACCGGACGCCAGAGACAAAGGCUCUCAAGGCAAGAGGGACUGUGGCCCUGCGUCUGCGCUGCUCGGGAUUUCUGGCCCCAGGACUUCACCCCCCUUGGUUUUUCUCUUCUGAUUCUUUUCUCAUUCCAAGCCCGCGUCCCCUCCCGCGCGACCUCGCUCCUCACCGGGAGGGCCGCAAUGGAGGUCCCUCCCAGGCUUUCCCAUGUGCCGCCGCCAUUGUUUCCCUCCGCUCCCGCUACUUUAGCCUCCCGCAGCCUCUCCCAUUGGCGGCCGCGGGCGCCGCGGCAGCUCGCCCCGCUCCUCCCUUCGCUGGCUCCCAGCUCCGCCCGGCAGGGGGCGCGCCGGGCCCAGCGCCACGUCACCGCCCAGCAGCCCUCCCGAUUGGCGGGCGGGGCGGCUAUAAAGGGAGGGCGCAGGCGGCGGCCGGAUCUCUUCCGCCGCCAUUUUAAAUCCAGCUCCAUACAACGCUCCGCCGCCGCUGCUGCCGCGACCCGGACUGCGCGCCAGCAACCCCCUGCCGACAGCUCCGCCACCAUGGAGGACAUGAACGAGUACAGCAACAUAGAGGAAUUCGCAGAGGGAUCCAAGAUCAACGCGAGCAAGAAUCAGCAGGAUGACGGUAAAAUGUUUAUUGGAGGCUUGAGCUGGGAUACAAGCAAGAAAGAUCUGACUGAAUAUUUGUCUCGAUUUGGGGAAGUUGUAGACUGCACAAUUAAAACAGAUCCAGUCACUGGAAGAUCAAGAGGAUUUGGAUUUGUGCUUUUCAAAGAUGCUGCUAGUGUUGAUAAGGUUUUGGAACUGAAAGAACACAAACUGGAUGGCAAAUUGAUAGACCCCAAAAGAGCCAAAGCUUUAAAAGGGAAAGAGCCCCCUAAAAAGGUUUUUGUGGGAGGAUUGAGCCCAGAUACUUCUGAAGAACAGAUUAAAGAAUAUUUUGGAGCCUUUGGAGAGAUUGAAAAUAUUGAACUUCCCAUGGAUACAAAAACAAAUGAAAGGAGAGGAUUUUGUUUUAUCACAUAUACAGAUGAAGAGCCAGUAAAGAAAUUGUUAGAAAGCAGAUACCAUCAAAUUGGUUCUGGGAAGUGUGAAAUCAAAGUUGCACAGCCCAAAGAAGUAUAUAGGCAGCAACAGCAACAACAGAAAGGAGGAAGAGGUGCUGCGUCCAGUGGACGAGGUGGUACUAGGGGUAGAGGCCGAGGUCAGGGCCAAAACUGGAACCAAGGAUUUAAUAACUAUUAUGAUCAAGGAUAUGGAAAUUACAAUAAUGCCUAUGGUGGUGGCUACAGUGGCUAUGGCGGAUGUGAUUAUACUGGGUAUAACUAUGGGAACUAUGGAUACGGACAGGGAUAUGCAGACUACAGUGGCCAACAGAGCACUUAUGGCAAGGCAUCUCGAGGGGGUGGCAAUCACCAAAACAAUUACCAGCCAUACUAAAGGAGGACAUUAGAGAAACAGCGGGAACUUCAUUGCAGGCCGUGUGUCACCCUGACCACGUCUAUCUCUGGGGGUCGCACGUUGCGGGCAGAGCGCAAGGCAUACACCAGAAAACGCUGUCCUGUGGUAUGGUCUCUUCCAACUUCAUGUACCAGCGUAAAGAUUAAAGUGGAAAACUUCAGACUUUGGCUUCUUUUUUUAAUCUUUUUGGAGAUUAAGUGUCUAAACUUAACUUAAAUGGUUUUUUACAGGAGUUAAAGUACAUAAAUGCCUUUUUACAGCUUAAUCAUUUUUGGUCUUCUGUUUAGUGUUGUAUUUCAAUUGUGGAGCCUCAUUUUAAGUGUUCAUUCUUUAAGAUUUAAUGCUUGCUUUUUCUUUUUAUAGCUAAUAGUGAAAUCUACAAACCAAAACAAGAACUUUUAAAUCUGGGAUAUAAAUUAAAGAUCAUAUGCAGAAAUCAAUUCAUGUUUGUGUACUACAGUAAAUAAACUUACUUAGAAAUUUGUGUUUGUGGUAGCAUUUUACUUGGCUUACUAGAGUUGCUUCUAGUAGACCUUAAGUUAGCACAGUUCAACCUGUGAAUAUGGGAAGAUGCAUUCCCAGAUGUUCUACUGAACAGAUUUGAAUUCAAUAUUUCGGAACUCCAGGAUGAGUUUAUUAAUUAACCAAACUAUAUUUUGCCAAUAAAUAUGCAUGUGAUCUUUAAUUGAAGAAUAAAGUGAGGACUUAAAACAAUUCAUGAAAGUGGACCUUUGAAAGCUUGUCAGAGUUUCACAGUGUAAUUGCUAUUUUGUUUUUGUUUUUAGGAGGAAAUGCUAACGUAACCCAUCUUGCAGGACAACAGCGAAGAUUGGUCUUCUGUUGAUCUAAGAUGAUUAUUUUGUAAAAGACUUUCUAGUGUACAAGACACAAAUGUGUCCAACUGUAUAUAGCUGCCAAUUAGUUUUCUUUGUUUUUACUUCGUCCUUUGCUAUCUGUGUUAUGACUCAAUGUGGAUUUGUGUUUAUAUACAUUUUGUUUGUAUGACUUCAUGUUAAACUUCAAAUAAAUGCUUCCUUAUGUGAUUGUUUUUCUGCGUCAGGUACUACAUAGCUCUGUAAAAAUGUAAUAUUUAAAUAAGCAAUAAUUGAGGCACAGUUUAUUUUGUAGGAAGUGUUGACCCAUGGGGAGAAAUGAUGGUCCUUUGUAAGUAGCCAGCCACAUUGUCAUCUUGUUCCCCAAUUGGUAGAUGUAUUUUGUGCUCUUGAGGCUUCCUCUCCCUGUUUACUGUUUACACCACACCUUUGAAUAAGAUUCUUUUCUCCAUGGUUAUCUGAAGACAUUGUCAUAAGACUGUCAUAGUAUUGUGCUUAAUGAAAGAUUUCUAGUAGACCUUGUGUCUACUAGACUGUAUUUUUAAGAAAAGUACCUUUUUAACACAAAAAUACUAUCUUUUUGCUUUGUUCUUAUCUGGAAAGGCAUUUUUAAGUUACUAAUUUUGGCUGUAGAGUUCUAAUCAAUGGUCUGCUAGAAGCAGCUUUGGCCAAUAAUAGUGCCAUGACACUAAUUCUCUUGAUAAAAAUGCAAGUAUGCAUAGGAAAACUAUAAAACUGUUAGGAGCUAUGGUUUAAGAGCACUGGAAGUAGUUAUAAGGAUUUGGCGGGUGAGGUGUGAGAUUAUGCAUCAAAGUUUGAUCAAAAGUCAACAUUUGGAGUAGAGGCAGAAUAGCUAAAUUUAGUUGUAUUCUGUUACGUUACAGCUACCACAAAGCUGAAGAAAGUAUUUUCUAUGGGCAUUCUUAACCAAGCUGUACUACAGUUAACUGUUACACUGUGUGAGUGAGAAAAAGUCAUGAUAGUAAAUCUCAUUUUUUAAUAGUGCAUGAAUUGAGUAGUUAAGCAUUUUCCAUAUUCAGAUAUAGGAAGGAAUAGUAAGAAAACAUAUCUUGAGAGUGUUAAAUGUUGAUCCAAGUGUGACUGACUCAUGUCACUACAGUGGAUCUUCCUGGUACACUAAAAAACAUAAUAACUAAGCUUAGAGGACCUCCUGAGUAAAAAGCUUUGAAUUCUGCCCUCAGUGUAGUUAAUUGGUUUUAGGGAAAUCUGUUUUCCCGGUUACCUGCUGGGACUGGCAUACAUGUUCACAUGCAGAGUAGGUGAUCUCAACUAGUGUUAACUUUUUUAUGCUGACAGACUUGCCUUGUUUCUUUUUAAUUUGGUGCCUACAUUUUUUUCCCCCACUGACGUUUAUAUUUGCUGGGCUAUCAAGUUACAGUGCUCUUGGCCUUUUUGCUCCUGCUUUUUGUUAUUUGACCUUACACCUAGGCCAAGUACUAGUGUUGGCUACUGCAGGGGAUUCUGUUCAUUCUUAAACACAACGUUAGGGGCUGGAAGGGAGUUCAUUUUAAGUUGUGCUGUCAGGUGCAGUGUCUAGAGUAGUGAAUCUUGUAAAUUCAGAUUUAUGAUUAGGUGACAAGUUGACAUUGAGAUUGUCCUUUUCCCUGAUCAAAAAUGAAUAAAGCCUUUUUAAAC